AUGCGCCUUGCAAAAAAAAAAAAAGAAAGAAGGAAGAGGGGUACGUGCCCCACGGGGCCCGGGCGGGUGCGUUCGACCACGACUCGCUCGCGCGUACCCCGAAUACGCGUAUGCAUGUAUAUAUAUAUAGCGAAGGGUUCGUCCUUCGAAGGAUUUAGUGAGGCUCCCGGGAUGACGAGCGAAGCACGAGGUUCGCGGACGGGGAACACGGAUUUCAGUAUAGCCCGCAUACUCGCGGGCGAGCUCCCGGGCGACGACGUCGACGCGCGGAAGCGGCGCGAGUCUUCGGAACGGUGCAGUGAUUCCCCGCGGCGGGAAACGCGGGCCACCAGGGAACGGACGUCGGGACGCGCGUGCGAGUCGGAGGUGCGCGACCGCGCUCCGGGUGAAACGUGUCACGAUGCUCCCGUCGUCGCGGAGCGACGGCGAAGCGGCGACCGCGACGGCGAGAGCGCGACGCGAUGGACCGACCUCACGUGGCUCCAGUACACCCGGUACAGACCGCCGAGGCUACCCAGACGGUCCCUCGCCGAGAGGCGAGUCAAGCGACGAGUGGGCGAUCAUCCCCGCAUCCCGUUCUCCUCGUCCCAAUUACAAGUGUUGGAGGAUAGGUACAAAAGGGGUGCCUACCUGUCCAGGAGCGACGUCAUCGAGAUGUCCGCGACGCUGCGAUUGCCGCAGAGCAAAAUUAAGAUUUGGUUUCAAAAUCGUCGAGCAAGGCAGAGGCGCGAGUCGCUGAAUUCCACGAUAACGGCGCGAUGACUCGACAACAAUGGAAACCAACAAUGGUUCUUCUGGAAUAUGCAGAUCGAAUUAUUCGGUUGUCGAGCGAUUGAUGGGUGCACCGAAUUUGGAUCGCGAUUAUAUUUCGAGCGGCUUGAUUGCCGGCGCCACGAUUUAUUAUGAUAUGUGUUUUCGUUAUUGUACUGUAAAUAAAUUAUUUGCGACUUAUU